AUGCUGUCUCACGCCGACCUCCUGGACGCCCGUCUCGGGAUGAAAGAUGCAGCCGAGCUACUGGGACACCGGGAGGCGGUGAAGUGUCGUCUGGGCGUAGGGGCCUCGGAUCCGGGGGGACACCCAGGAGACAUGGCUCCCAACUCGGACACGGUGGAAGGAACCACCCUGCUGCCGGGAGAGGACAUCACCACGGUGGGAUCCAAUCCCAGCUCCUUAGCCGUCAGCUCCAAAGACCCCGACAAGCAGCAAGGCCAGCAGGGGGGCCAGAACCCCGGCCAGGCUGGACAGCAGCAGGGGCAGCAGAAGCAGAAGCGGCACCGCACCCGCUUCACGCCGGCGCAGCUCAACGAGCUGGAGAGGAGCUUCGCCAAGACCCACUACCCGGACAUCUUUAUGCGGGAAGAGCUGGCCUUGCGCAUCGGCCUCACCGAGUCCCGAGUGCAGGUCUGGUUCCAGAAUCGCCGGGCCAAGUGGAAGAAGCGCAAGAAGACCACCAACGUCUUCCGCGCUCCGGGCACGCUGUUGCCGACGCCGGGACUGCCGCAGUUCCCCUCGGCCGCCGCGGCGGCCGCGGCCGCCAUGGGUGACAGCCUCUGCUCCUUCCACGCCAACGAUACGCGCUGGGCCGCCGCCGCCAUGCCGGGCGUGUCGCAGCUGCCACUGCCGCCGGCGCUGGGCCGGCAGCAGGCCAUGGCACAGUCCCUCUCGCAGUGCAGCCUGGCAGCCGGGCCGCCGCCCAACUCCAUGGGCCUCUCCAACAGCCUGGCGGGCUCCAACGGCGCCGGGCUGCAGUCGCACCUCUACCAGCCUGCCUUCCCCGGCAUGGUGCCCGCCUCUCUGCCCGGCCCCAGUAACGUGACGGGCUCGCCCCAGCUCUGCAGCUCCCCUGACAGCAGCGACGUGUGGCGGGGAACCAGCAUCGCCUCCCUUCGCCGCAAAGCACUAGAGCACACAGUUUCCAUGAGCUUCACCUAA